AUGGCUGCUAGUUUUAUCGGAAAGCCGAUUUCUCUAAUUUCUCACUCAGAUGUACGAUACAGAGGCAUCCUCGCGGGCAUCGACCCGGCCGCGUCCACUAUCCAACUCUCUAAUGUGUAUUCUAUGGGAACGGAGUCGCGACGACCACCGGAGCAAUUUAUACCGCCCGUUCAAGAACCGUACACCUAUAUAAUCUUCCGUGCGUCAGAAGUGAAGGACCUCGCCGUUGAUGAACCUCCUACGCGGCGGAACGUAACCGAUGACCCUGCUGUUCUUGGGGCAUCUGCGCCAAUGAUGGGUGCCGCUGCCUACCCCCCGCCAUAUCCACAGCCAUACCAAGGACAGGUGCCCGUUCCCCAGGUCCCUCAGCAGCAGCAACCUACGCCGUCGUCCCAGCCGCAACGUCAACAAACCUACCCUCCCCGACAGCCCUCCGCACAACCCGCUGCCACACAAGUAACCGCUACAGCCACUACUCCACAAUUGCAACAAAAUGCCACGGCGGCGAGUCCGGCAGCAGGCAGUCGUAACGGACGCAAUAGCUCAAUACAUUCUGCGACAGCUUCUUUGGAGACAGUCGAGCGAGCUCUUGGCGACUUACGUGUGUCUAACUCUGCGGGCGGGGCUGUGAAUAGUGCUGCUCAGCGAUCAGGUGGACGUCGCAACCGUGGACAAGACCCUAAGACUGGCGAUCUCCGUGUGCCCUCUACAGAUUUCGAUUUCCAGAGUUCCAACGCGCGAUUUGACAAGUCAGCGUUAUCACCCCGUGGGACUCCAAAGGCUGACGCCGAUGAAACUGGAGGGAAGGAGAAUGGUGAGAAUAUUGAAGCAAAGGACGAUUCGGGAGCGUACAAUCCCAAAAAAUCGUUUUUCGACUCGCUUUCUUCGGGUAGCAAUGGGCCGUCAGUGGAUGGACGCGGGAGGGGAGGCGGACGUCGCGGCGGGGGACGAAACAGGAGGGAAGAAGAGAGAGAGCGUAAUGUUGCGACAUUCGGCGAGCCUGGCGGCGUAGGUCUCAUGGGACCUGGUGCAUAUGUCGGUGGAUGGGGAGGUUACGGGCGGAGGGGCGGGGGAGGCAGGGGCCGGAGGGGUAUGGCUGUAGGUGCAGCAUCUCGCUAG